GCCACGGAAGCGCUUGCGUACCCAAGAACCGCAUGACCAAAGGAGGGAGAAGCGGGUGACGAAGGGAAAAGGGAAGGUCAAGCCAAAGGCGAAAGUAGAUGAGGAUCCGCAGGCCAUAACAAAGCGGUUGGAGAAGUUGUUGCCGACAAGGCCGUCAAAGCGUGCAGCCGCCACGACGGCUCACGCAGACGAAGAUUCAAUCUCAGAGCGCGACGAUAGCGACGAUGACGAGGAAGCCGGACGGGGCCGGGGUAGGAGCACGACUCGUGCAACAAGGGCGCGCAGUCAAGGUAGGAGCCGGGGUCGGGGUCGGGGUCAAAGUCGAGGCCGAGGUCGAGGUCGAGGUCGAUCGAGGUCCGAGGGGAGCAGGCGGAGGAAGCCCGCGGAAGUGAGCACGGAUGAGGAAGUGCGCGAGCGACGCGAACAGGAGCGUCUCGCACGCAUUGAGUACUUCAAGAAGCUGGACGGGUACGAAGUUGCGAAGGAGAACGUGUAUGUCGUCUGAUUUUUUGUCGUCCCUUUUCUUUCAUAUCUCCUACUUGUCUAUAUCUCCUCUGUUCUCUUGCCCCGCUCUGUCACUAGCUUUCGCGCUUUCUUCAUUAUGCACUGGCCUUCUCGCGCCUUUCGUAUCUCUUACGGGAUCUCACAUAUGGGCGGUGAUGUAUCGUUAUAUGGGUUUGUAGAUAGUGGGUCAGUACUGACUCUUGGCUUACGUUCACUGGACUUUAUGGCUACAAUAUGAGGGCUACGUGUAGUGUAUGAGAAUCAUAUAUUUGGGUCGCCGU